AUGGCCCGCAAGAGCCUCAAGAGCGUCUUCGAGGGUACAGGCAUGGACCCGAAUCCCAAAGUGAGGAAGAAGAUCACUGCCAAGGCGUCGAGGAAGGCGAAGAAGAAAAGGAAAAGUUCAUCGGGGAGCUCAUCCACCGAGACAAGCAGUGGUUCGACCGAAGAGGAGAGUGGAGAGCUCUUCGAAGAGACCCAAAAGGUGAGGAAGAUUGGUCGCUUCGCCCCAGGGGCACUGACGACAGCAGGGCAAUGGCCACGUGUGGUGGAGGUCGAGAUGGAACUCCAGCGCCCUCUCGGGGCGAUCGAGAAUAUCCUCAAGAUGGAUGCACCGGAGGAAGUGAACGAGCGCGACCCGUUGAUGUGGACGAACUUAACUGAAGGCGUGCAGAGGAACCUGAAAUUUUUGAAUAAGGAAAUGUGCUGCCUGGGCUCAGUGGGCGCCUGUGGCGUCUUCUUGCUGGUCUUCUCCAUCUUGGAAGCCUCCGGAAACGUGGAGGUGGAUGGGAUGUGGUUUUUGGUGCUUUUCCUGUGGUUCCUCUUCAGUAUCCUCGGGGCCUUCCUCAUCAAGUUUUUGGGUUUGGCCUUGUUCGAUGCGGCCACACAUGACGUGGUCGGCGGGAUCAAUGUGCCUCGGGUGAACACCGCGACGACGGGGACGGGACGACAGGACGGGAAAUGGCCUCCAAAGAGAAGUAGCGCCCAUGGAUGGUUGGAUCGCAGUGCGAGUGGUGUCUCCCGCGGACUUCCUGUGGAGUAUGGCACUUCUUGCGCCGCCUGGGAUGAUGGAGAUUGCUCAGCACAUGCCUGCGGUACUUUGCAACAGUGCAAUGAGCUUUACCCGGAUUCGACAUCUGGCUUAUGGUGUUGCAGGGCAUGGUGCUAUGUGAGCGCUUCUUGCACACUCACUGAUGUGCAGCCAACCACCGUUGGUUCAAGCUCACUCUACUACUCAUAUCAGGCCUGCAGUGUAGCUGUUUCAUAUAAUGACACCACAUGCCCAUGGCAGCAGGAUGUGUCAUUUGAAGAAGCAGCAGCAGCCAUCAUGGUUGCUGAAAAGAUUGGUGACCUACUUGCAGACGCCGCGGCGGUGAACGUGGCGGUGGGCACCACGGGCGGCAGCGAGGUGGCGGUGGUCGCCAAUGAGGAACCAAAGCUUUGCCUCUAUGGCCUUCGAUCCUAUGGAGGCGAACGCAUCUUUUGCACCGGAUUGCUCAGCGCACCAGCGUAUUCCCUGGCCAUCUCUCCGGAUUGGGUGGCGAGCGCCAGCGAGGGGAGUACAUCCAUUGAUUUCUGGCAGCUGAAUAGCGUCUCGCUCAGCUUGUUGGGCACCAUGGCGGCAACGAGCCGGUUGCAGUAUCUCAAGCACACCUCGCUGGGCUUAUUGGGUGCCACAGAAGAUGAGAUGGUGACACUCUGGCCAAUGGCGAACAUGACGAAAGCUUUGGCAGGAGAAGAGACCCAUGAGACGUUGGGCCCCUUUUCCUGGGCGCCCAAGGCGAUUGAAGUGGUGACCUUCGGGCAAACGCAAGGCCUGGCCUUGGCCUCCUUUGCUGACAUCGAGAUUUGGGUCAAGUCCGAUCAGUGGAGCAAGCUCACGAGGCUCAGUGGACAUUCGCGCUUGGUCACCAGCUUGAGCUUUUUGCCCUCCAUGGGACUGUUGGCCAGUGCAUCGAUGGACUCAAAUGUGGGAAUUUGGCAUCAUCACGAGGGUUCCUGGAAGUUGGCCACUCUGCUCUAUGACCACACCCAUCCAGUGAAAGCCAUCGCCUGGAUCCCCUCGGGGCCAUUGUUGGCAUCCGGUGAUGAGCAAGAGCUCAUCCUGUGGCGUCCCGCAACCAGUCCAUCAUGUGAGUUUACCUCCUCCAUGGGUUACUACUUGCCGGGCUUCAACCGCUAUGUGGUGGCCGACAAGACGGUCGAUGAGUGCCGGUCUCUUUGCUGUGAAAAUCCAUGGUGUACAUCCUUCGAUUAUGCUGAGCAGGGCGAUGGGAAGACCCAUGGCCCGAAAACCUGUUGGCUGAGUAGCGCGGGAGAAGGUGUGAAUGGCGGAGGUGGCUUGACCUGGGACCCCGCCAACAACUACCACUACUAUGAGGUCAUCAAACGUGGCUCUCGCUUCAUGACACUGGCGCAGAAGAAAGGCAUUGCAUCUUUGAAUUUGGCUUCUUCCAGCAGCCUGCUGCUGUCCCGAGACCAACAGGGUGGAAGUGUCGAUGUGUGGAAGUUGACCACUUCCGUUUGCCCAGAUCGACAAAUGGCCAAGGGCGAUGGUGCGCAAUGUAAGCUUUGCCCCUUGGGUCGGGCAGGGACGGGUGGCCUUUGUCCGGUGUGUCGGCCUGGGACCUUUGCACCUGAAGAGGGCUUGGAUGCCUGUGAGCCCUGUCCGUUGGGCACCGAGAUGCGAGACUUGGGCGGCGUCACGUGCAGCGCCUGUCAAGUCGGCACUUAUGCAGCUGAGCUGGGCACAGCUCGUUGCACGGCAUGCAGGCCCGGCUACUUCAACGAUCGCACCGGUUCUCAGAGCGCUGCCGAGUGUCGCGCCUGUGGUGUGAGCCACUUCAGCACCAGCUUCGGGGCUUCAAGCUGUGAGCAGUGCCCUGCAGGCCAGGGGCACGACUCCUAUGCCGUUCCUCUUGCGUCCGCCUGCGUGAGCUGCAACAGAUGUGGCACAGAUUUGGUCGACGGAUGUCCGAUACCGAAAGAUGCGAAUUGUCAAAACUGUCCGGCCGGCAGGGUGAAGACUCAAGGAGCCUCAUGCGAGUACUGCCCUCAUGGCCAGAUCCCGAAUGGGAUUCCUCAAGGUGACACCUGUUUGGCAUUUCCACGUGGAGACUUCAAUGCGGUCUCUGACCACAACAGUCGCAGUUGCUGGACGCGCCGACAAUAUGGUGAGAUUGAGUGCCCUUUGCAUGUCAACGGUGGCUGGCUUACUGAUAACACCAACACCAAUACCCAAAAGUUCCUGACCCUUAGCUCGACGGAGAACGAAAUUUGUUCGAACCUACAUUGCAUGGGAGGCAUCAUUGAGACGCAGGAGAUCUACAAUCGCAUGUAUGGAAGCGGAUGCACGGUCGAUUCAGACUUGCAAGAGCUGUGCCUUUGGAGCAAAGAGAUCAUCAAUUGGAAGAUCUCCCAGAGAGAAGCGGCCCUGAGAAGGGUGGAAGAUGCGAACCUGCUGGAGAUGAGGAAAUCCAAAUGCCAAGAGGUCUGCAACUGCGCAGCUCUAUGUGCAGAGGUGACAUCGGAGGAGGAUGCCAAAGAGGAUGCCUUCGACGUCUUGCCGUUCUCCGUGGUGACGUGUGAGGUGCACGGCACCAGCUCCGCCCUCACGUGUCACGCCACCUGUACGUCCUCGCGUCCGGCCAAAACGGUAAACAAACCGUGGCAAUGCAUGAGGCAUGAAGAGGUCUCCAAGAUCCAGGUACAAAUGAGCACUUUGCCGCGUUGUCAGGCAAGCUGUUCCACCUGUCCUGAUGAGAGUGUCCAUGGUUCCUUUCGGCUUUGCGACGCCACUUCUGCUGCGGCUGCGCGUGUCAGCGCACGUGUCAGCGCGGGUGUGGCGGGUGUCGCGGCGUGGGAUCUCCUGGCGGAGCACAAGGGUUCAUUGCUGGUCAUCAAGUAUUGUGUGUCUGGACGAUGUUUCAAUGCCACACGGACACUCGAACUUUGGAGUGAAAAGCCGGACGAGGAGGCGGGUGGUUCCGCGCUGGCGGGGGAUUUCGUGAACUUCGGCGCCUCUUCCCUGGCGUAUGUCAUGCCUAUCCCCGAACCGGGCGACUUUGGCUUGGAGGCCCUCCCACCACCACGUGCCAAUGAGGUCGAGCUCAUGACGGAUGCUUUGGACACUUACCAGGUGGGCGAGUCUGUGUGCUCGGAGCAAAGGGACUUGGAGGAUUUCAGCUUUCGUCUGGUGGUCUAUCCACAAGGCUUCUCUGCUCAGAACCGCUCGGUGGCAGCCUUCGUGGAAGCCCAGGAGCCUGGCACUGAAGAGGAAGAAUGGUCCAAAGCCGUGCGGUUCCAAGUGACGUUGAUGAACUGCAUCGAUUACCGUGUGAGCAUUGGCCGGAUCGAUGAAGGAGACUUUACCAAUGAACAGACAGAUCGAGGUUGGCCAGAUCUUCUUCCUCAGGAGCUGGCGACGGCCGAGAGGGGAUGGGUACGUGAGGAUGGAUGCUUGUUGCUUCGAGCUGCAUGUAGCCUUCGCCACGGCCCCUCCCUCGCCGCCAAAGCCACGUCUGCGCCCGCGGCGCCCGGCGCCAGCGCGCCCGAGCCGCAGCUCUACGGCGCCGCCGCCGACGACGCCUCGGCCGUGUCAACGGCGGAGCCCGCGGCGGAUGACCCGCAGCGCGGCGCCAGCGGCGCGUCACCGUGGGCGUUGACGACGCCAAGCAGUGUAGCAGCCACUGCUCCACAGGAGAGUCCCAACGCGGCGAUCGCGGCCAAGGUGAAUUUGGCCUCCAGCGUGAAGGCUUGUGAGGAGCGCCAUGAUAGUCGGCCCAUCGGGGAAACGCAGAUGAGCAGUGCAGCCAAGGAAGAACGCCACACUAGCCGGCCAGAUGCCGCAGCGAAGGAGAUGGAAUCUGCGACAGCAGCUGCGACCGCAGCAGCUGCGACCGCAGCAGCUACGACAGUCGCUGUGAAGAAGAUGCCCAGCGUGGCGUCCUCCGCGCCGCUGCCGGCCGAUGUGGACGAUGCCGACGACGCGGCGGUGCCCGGCGAACCGGCGCCGGCGGUGCCCCACGGGCGCGGCGGCGUGCUCGCCUCGGCACGCGAGGCCAAGGUGCCACUCCAUGGCCCUGUGCCAGUGAUGGUCAGCUUCGACUGCCCAGAGCCGCGCAUGCCACAGCCGAUCUUCUCCGAAGACUAUCCCGAUGAUGAGAUGCCCGGGUAG